AUGCUUCGCACAUUCGCAUCCAGGUCCUCACGGACACUACGCGUCGCCAACGUGCGACCGUUCUCCCAGUCGACCGUCCAGCGCGUUGAGGGUUACCCUAACAAUGCCUCGACGAACGACAAGACGAAGACGGACAUGCUGCCCGAUGACGAGCACAGCGUGAACAAGGCGAAGAAGGGCGACACCAACGACAUCCAGACGAGCAAUCUGAAGAGCGGGAUCGACAGCGCAAAGGAAGGCACCGGCGGCCACGCAACCGAGGGCAGGGACUCUGCUGGCGGCAAGGCGAAGGCGAAGAAGGAGUUUCCUGAGGCGCCGGACCCAGCGAUCGGUAUGCAGGACGAGAGGGGCGGCCGUGGAGGUUAG